AUGUUUCAAGAUUGGCUGCCAGUUUUAUACAGCCCUUCUGAUGCUGUGCACCACACCACCUUCUCUUUUGCCGAGCAUCAACUGUCAGCGGCAAUGGAAUACGUACGUACUCCAACUCCACGUUGUCAACCGCCAGCUAGGACUGGUUGUUUCAGUCGAUUAUUCCUCGGCUCAUACAACCCCAUCCAUGCUCAGUUAUGGAUACUUGAUCGUUUAAUACAACCUCGAGGGUCGCAUUGCCCGGACAUGGGCUCCGGCAGAGUCAUGUUGCCUACCAUCCUCGACAUUUCACAAGUCAUGUCAACUCAUCUCGGUACUUUAUUCGAAACUGCCUAG